AUGAAUAAGGCACAACAGCAGCUGCAACACUUCCACGCUGCUGUAGCAGCGGCAGCUAUGUAUUCGCCAUUUUCUUUUCCAGCAUUUCUCCAUCCAAACGGGGGCAGUGAUCUCUUGCAGAGACCCCCACCAAACCUUCCCCUCCUCCCUAACUUCACAUCUCUCUCCAUGCCACCAUCAACCCCCCUCUCACUCUCUAUCCCACAGUCAACAAAUUCCACUCUUAUUGCAGACAACUACCUCCACACUAACAACAACAACGUUAACGUUAACAGCAACAACAUCAACAAUAUAAAUUCUAAAUGUUCAAACAACAACAUCAACAAUGGCAACAACAAUAUCAGUAGCAACAACAACAACAACAUCAUCCAAUCGUUAAUGUUAGCAGACCAGCUGAACGUCCAACGAAUGCUAUCAACGUAUGCUGGAACAAACCCAUUCUUUAUGCUGCAAAAUAAAAACAACAUCAUCAACAACAACAACAACAAAAUAAUUUCUGACGAGAAUGACGUCACCGAUAAUGUAUUCAACGAAGAUUUAACAGUUGAAAAUUCGUUGAAAAACGUUGAAAACAAUUUCAAGCAGCAGCAACAACAACAACUGCCACACAUAUUCGCAACAAGUUUAUAA